AGACAGGCAGCACUCCCAGCAGGAUCCAGCUUGUUUACGUUUUCUGUUGCAGUCUUGUUGAUGAAAUUUUUGCUUUGAAAACGACACGGGAACAAUGGGACAAAGUUCAAUUAAGCCUCACAUCGAGAGAGCUGAAAAAUCUGGCGUUUGUCAACUUGCAAACAUGAGUUUGUCGGAGUUUCCUCCCGAUCUGCAGAGAUUAGUCAAGAAUCUACGCAUGCUGGAUUUAUCCAGCAACAAGAUCCCUGCCCUUCCUCCGACGAUCGGUGGGUUUGAUGCGCUGAAGAGCCUGAAUGUCAACAACAACAGACUGGCAUCCCUGCCCGCGGAAUUGAGCCAUCUCAAGAAGCUGGAGAGUCUCCUGUUGAACAACAACAGGCUGACCUCCCUGCCUUCCUCCUUAGCCAACCUCUCGGCCCUCAAGACCCUCUCCCUCGCCGGCAACAAGCUCCAACGCUUCCCCCUGCAGGUCUGUGCAAUCCGGCACCUGGACAUGUUGGAUCUAUCCCAGAAUUCCUUGGGGGAGAUCCCCGACGGUGUGGGCAGGCUGCAGGCCAUUGAGCUCAAUGUCAACCAGAAUCAGAUUUCCUCCAUUUCUGAGUCCAUCGCCGAAUGUCCUCGACUCAAAGUCCUGCGGUUAGAAGAAAACUGCCUCCAAGUUUCCGUUCUCACACCCAAGAUCUUAGAGGACUCCAGCAUAUCCCUACUAGCAACAGAGGGCAAUCUCAUUGAUAUGAAACAACUCCACGAUACACCUGGGUACGAAAAGUACAUGGAGCGGUACACCGCAGCUAAGAAAAAGCUGUUUUGAUGUGACAUCAGCUUUAAGGCUCGCUUUUUCCAACGUUUUUGCCAUCGUUGGGGAUUCGGUUCUGUUACUGUGAUAAGCAUCCAACAAUCAAACACCAAACUGAAAUCAUGAAAACUGCAUGUAGAUUCAUGCCUUGGAAGUUCUUAUUGUGACGGAGCUGUUGAGAAGUUUUGCCGGUGCCGUGAAAAGAAGCGGAAAAAUAUGAACUGUCUGUGCUGUUGGAUUGCAAACUGUAGUGGUUGAGAAUUAAAUAUGUACUCUCCUGUGUUUGGUCCACUAUGGUUGGACUUUUAUGCACUUCACGAAACAUCUAUCAAACAAGAGAGGGCAUCAUGGAGCAUCAUUCUCCUGUGGGAAGGACACUUGCACUUCAUUGCUUCAAGCACAUUGAUUUUCAAAUCCACUACAAGUAAUCAUGGAGGAGGGAACCAGUCUUCAGAAGGAGAGUAUAUACUGAAUGUACCAGUAUUAGGCCAUGUCUGUAUCAGAUGGCGAAUGGUACUAGUGGCCGAUCCCAUCGAAUACGACGAUGUAGCUCGGUGUCUAGCUGCACGAUGAUCCUCACAAGCAGCUAUAUACAUGUAUGGAGCAGAGGAGGCAGAGCCACUGAUCUCUAUAUAAAGACUGGAUAGCUAAUAAAGAGCCGCACAAUGAACGAAUUUGACGCCAUAUUGGUGAGACCGGCUGGUGAUCUA